AUGGAUCCAGUAACCGCGGCCAAUAUGAAGGAGUGGGAGACGGAAGAUGAGUAUGCUGCGGCAGCAGCUGCUUCUCUUCCAACACCAACGGACACGCCAUAUCGAACUCCUUCACGCGGUUCACGACGUUCCUCGCGCCAGAAGUCCAUCUCUCCCGGACCCUCCUCAUCACCUCCACCAUUGCCUCCAGGAGAGAAAGGUCGUCGAGAUUCGCGAGACGUGACGAACGACGAAAGCAUUUCCAUUCUUGAUCCUCGACGCUUCACUCCUACCCUUCAUGCGAAUCUGGUUUCAGAGAUCCUUGCUCUUCGUAGAGACCAAGAAGAAAAGACGAAGACAAUUGAAAGUUUGGAGAGUGAGCUCCAUGAGACUCGUGGGGAACAUGAAGAAAUCCAAACCACACUAGUGUCUACUUCGAAGGAGAACCGGUCACUAAAGCGUCAAUUGGCUCUUCUCGAAGGAGGAACUUCUUCUGCACUUUCAGAACUUGCGAGGGAACGCGACGAGGCAAUUGAUACCCAUAACGAGACCAGAAAAAGAUUGGAGGUCGCACAAAAGAAGAUCCGAAGCCAGGAAGAGGACUCGGACAGAGUCCACGAGUUAUGGUCAAACGACAAAGACAACUGGGAGGAGGAGAAGCGAAAACUUGAACGCAAAGUCCAUAUCGCCGAAAGUCGAUUGAGGACUGUGCUUGAUGAAGUCGCUACCUACCAAGCAGAUCAGCAGAAUGGUCAUACGGAGCAUGAGAACGAGCUUGAAGAAGCUUCAAGAGAUACCGCCAAUGGCCAUGCUAGCGAUGCUGCUAGUGUUCGAACCAUGAGCAUGACCAACAGUAUUCGCUUUUCCAUUCUCAAUGGAACAAAUGGAUAUGGAGGAACCAAACUCAAUGGGAUGAGCUUAGCAGAUGAACUUGAUCUGGAUGAAGACGAAGACCAGACUGAUUAUGAUGGUCGUGAGAGUGUGCUUUCUGUCCGUCACAAGCGCAAUCAGAGCCGUGAGAGUGUCAUGUCCAAGAAUCAUCGUCGCAAUCAAAGCAUCGAAAGCCUGAUGCGACCAGGAAGUGUCGCUCGUGGCAGACUUCUCGCUCAACAGGCAGUAUUAGACAGACUUGAAGACGGAAUCAUGGAAGAUGAUGAGAAUGCCCCACCUCCUAAGGUCGAAUAUGUUGAUACCGGCGUUCAAUUUUCACCUCCUCCAUCACCAAAGCUUCAGCCAGUUGAGGUUGUGCAAGUCGUGGAACCUAUACCAGUCAAUGGUGUGAAUGGGUCUCCGAAGAUAGAGCGUCAUGAACCUGCUCACCGAGAAUGGGAGAUCGAAGCAAAUCAACGAAGGAAGCGUGUACACGCAAGUCCACCAUUGGUGAUUGAGCCACCAGCAAGUUCGUCGAUGGUGUCUUCAGCAUCGCAGACGAUUGAGGAUCCUCUCAGUCCCCCACGGACGCCUAUAUCCCCCACGAGAGCUCCCCCGCCGCCACCAUCAGAAGAAAAACUGCGAGAAAUGACAUCAAUUUCGACACAAACAGAUGCUCCCGAGCCAGCACUGCAAUCUCCCAAACGUGCUGCCCCACCUCCUCCCAUCCCGAUUCCUUCAAUUCAGCUGCAUCCUCCCAAUUCAGCUCCUGCAACACCACAUGAACCUUUGUUGCCCCAGCAUUUCAAGGACGCCGGGUGUCAGGUCUCCAUGCAGGUACCCGUCCCGACCAGAUCAAUUUCCGUGCAAACAGAAGAGAUUCGAGUUGCCCAGCGAAUAAACCUGCUACCACCCCACCUUCAGCCUUCCGCAAUUUCAUCUAAACCUCCAUCUCCAGAGCCGAUUCUCGAGGAAAACAAACGCUUUUCUCCCGUUCCGGGCAAUUUACCCCCUAGAAACCCUCGUCGUGUGACGAGUCGAACAAGCUUGGAUCAACAGAUCCCGUCUUCGCCACCAGAGCUACCGAGCGAACCCCGUGAUGCUUAUCCUGGCAACAAUGACGACGGACCUGUAUCUAAAGACAGAACAUUUAUUCGAAGACCUCACAGAAUCAGCAGCUUGUUUGCAGGCUUCGAUAAUGCAAGCUCAGACGAUGCAGAUGAUUUCGCUGAUGCAGAUAUGAGUGACAAUGAUUUCAGAACUGCUCUUUCUGCACCGAAGCCUCACAAUGGCCUUCCAAAGAUAAGCAGACGGGUUUCAUCGGGACCAACAUCUGUUCCCGAGAAUGUCGAGCUGUCAGAAGUGUCAAGGCCUUACCCAAGCAAGGGUUCAAUGAGACAAGUGGCCCAUCAAGAUGCAAACGGUGAUUACUCGUUGCCGGAGGUACAAGCUCUCCCAUCGAGGGCCGGUAAGACUACUGUUCGUCAACUGGACAAGCCUUUGACUCUUGUUACAAACAACAAACCAAACACGAUGCGCCGGGCUGCAUUGAUUCAGAGUGGUGUAGCAGCUCACCAAGGUCGUGCUCGCAGUCCAAGUCUCCCAGAACCUGUCAAAGAACCACCAUUCCCUAUUCCAACUAGGGCAAGCUCAAGGAGACCACCUAUCAGUGCUAGCGCUCCCAGUGACGGUAAUAGAAGUCCAACUUAUGGACGUGGUGGGGGAGGGAGAGGUCAUUACCGUGCAAACAGUAUCCGAAAGGUUAGAUCUGCUGCAGCUCUUCCAAGAGGUGGUAGAGCAUAUCGUCGCCACGGUAGUCGAUCACCGCCUCCAAUGUCUGCAUCGACAGAAGCUCCUGAGAGUCCACAGUUACCUCCAAUGCCUAACAAUGAGAUCACUACUCCUCGAUACAUGAGGGAGACUGGUAGCAGUCGAUAUAGGUCUCACACCAGACAACAACCUUCGACAAACACUGCUAAUACCAGUAACACUGCAAAUACUGGUAAUGGCUCAGUUGGAACCAACAACCAAGCUACGAGUGUUGUGGAUGCUAUUGCUCAAACCAUGGUUGGCGAAUGGAUGUUCAAGUACGUCAGACGGCGGAAGUCGUUUGGGGUAUCUGAGUCCAAUGGUAUGGAGGGUGACAAUGCCAAUGGCGUCCGUCACAAACGUUGGGUCUGGCUUGCACCUUAUGAGCGAGCUGUGAUGUGGUCCAGCAAGCAACCAACAUCUGGUUCUGCCUUGAUGGGCAAGACUGGACGAAAGUUAACCAUCCAAUCCGUACUCGAUGUCAAGGACGAGAAUCCUCCACCCAAAGGAUCAGCUCCACUCUUUAAUCGCUCCAUCCUAAUCCUCACUCCAGCUCGAGCCUUGAAGUUCACAGCUGUAUCAGCAGAACGCCACUACGUCUGGCUGACCGCUCUCUCCUUCCUAGCACACUCCUCCCAAGCCGUACCAGAAAUCGUACAAGCACCUCUCCCGAUCCCAACAAUCCCUGAUUUCGAGAUUCCACGACAAGCAAACCGUCUUCGCAAGGGAGGCAUCCGAGACUCCAUCCGCGUCGCCAAAGGCAAAACCACAUCAGCACGCCAAGGACCCACAUCAGUGCACUCCUCCCAACAAGACAGCAUCCGCGAGGCGGAAUCCAUCUACUCGGGCCGUACGGACGGCCUACCAGACAUAGCAGCCGACCCACCCAUCGUACCCCGCUUCACCGACCGCGGAAGAGACAACUACGGACCCCCUCUCACCCACGGCCGCAAACGCUCCAACACCGGCUCCCGUGUCCCUCCUCCCCUCUCCUUCCGAGGCUUCUCCGGCCCCUCGAGCAGCGGCCACGCUCCUACAUCUAGCACCGCCGGGCUUUCCGUAGGCACAACCGGCUCCUCGGAUAUCUACAACCAGUCCCAACCGUCGUCCUCCAUCGCCGGCGGCGGCUUUAACGUCUCAUCCGGGCGCUCCUCGAUCCGUACCUCCGACGCAUCUGGGCGUCCCGGUGCGGUGGUUAACAAUUUCUUUGACGCCGUGGGCACGAUGCGGAUGGAAGCUUUUAUCUCCCCGAUGGCGUUGUCGCGGUUCGACGAUUAUCCGGAUGAGCAGGACGAGAUGGAUUUCGUGGGUAUGCACAGGCGGAGGAGUAAGGAGCGGCGGAGGCGGGAGAGGGAGAGCUUUUAUGGGAGUAGUAGGGGCAGUAGGCCGAGCGAGGAUUAUUAUGGGGGGAGUAAGACGGCGGGGGAGGAGGAGUAUGGGAGGUUUGAUGAGGCGGCCGGGUAUGAUCCUUUUAGGGGGUUCUGA